CCCCCCAACACGCCGCACACCCCCACACACACAUCAACCUGGCAAUACAGAGGAGUAGGACGCUCGAGCCAUUGGGUGGAGCAGCAGCGUCGCGUGCUGCGGAAUACAUUGAGUAGGUCGUUAACGCUGCGCGCGCUUUGGUUGCAAAUGCAGGUCGCUGAGUGUGAGCGCGAGGCGGGGGGAAAUGGCGUACAGGCGCGGGCGGCGGUGCGCCUUGUUGUGAGGAUACAGUGAAGACCCCCGAGCUCGAGCGGACGCAGGCGGGCAGCUCGAGGACACACAGGAGGAAGACGAACCAUGGAGGACUCUGAGCCCGCAGAGGACGGCUUGCUCGCAGGUUUGCGAUGGAACCGGAGCGCACGAGACCAGGCUCAGCUCAAACACAAAAUCCGGGAUCUGCCAGGACUACUCAAGCACGGGCUGCACCUGCGGAAGAAGAGCCAAUCACCUGACACCAUUCCUGGACCGAGCACUGGACCUACGGUAAACAAGUCUUGUUCCCAGAGUUUCCCAUGUGCUGGUCGAACUGUGAGGAACGCCUUCCUCUCCCACGGCCCGUACCCAGCCAAGGACAAGAUACACCUGGCCAGAAUCAUACGGCGUAGCUAUGUUGGGGUGGAGCUGGUGCAGUGGCUGUGUGAGCAGUGUGUGUAUGUGCGCUGUCGGACCACCGCUGUGCGCGUCUGGCAGGUGCUGCUGGAGCUGGGAGUCCUGCUGUCUGUGGACCAGCGGGUGGUGUUCUCUGACUCAAACUCAUAUUACCAGUUCAGCUUCGAGGAGUGUGACUCUGCCUCCUGUGAGUUUCGCUCCAAUGAAGGGGAUUGGCCAGAGGCAGUUAGGCUCCUCCUACAACUCGCCCCGUAUGUCCAGUUCCGCUCUGGAGGCAGAUCCAACAGCCCGUCAGAGGAGGACUCUGAAGGCAACAGGGACAUCUGCAGUGAGAUUCUCCAGAUGAAAGCUCUCGAGAGGCUCACCUCUACGGUACAAAGUGAGUUGGCGGCAGCUCUGGCCCGCAAGACUCGGAAAGCUUUAUCAGAGCAGGACUCUGAGACCACAGCGACAAGCCCACAGGAGCCUCGCACACCAAGCGAGGAGAGCAGCCCGCUGGGCGGGGUGUGUGCACUGCGGGACGGCGGCGGCAGUGUUGGCAGUGGCGGCGGUGGGAUGGGGACGGGGUGCGGACGCGAGGACCUGACCAGCCGGCUUGGGUUGGAGGCCGUUCAGAGGCUGGCGAAGGACGGCUGUCGAAUCCUGCAGAACCACAACUACAGGCUGCCCGACAGGAACCAGGCAGAGGCAGUGGGAAGGGUUUGUCUGAAGGAAAGAGGAAGAGACGUGCUGGUGUUGCGGAGAGUGACAUCAUCAGUGACGUCACCAUCUGACCGGCCCUCGCCCACAUCGUCGGGGGGUGGGUCAAGAGAGGAGGAUUGUGACAAGAGGUAUGUGGUCGUGUCGGGGACACCCCUCAAGAUCUUGGAGCACCUGCUAAGUGACCUGCGGUUGGAUGACCAAAGAGGGGCGCCAGAGAGCAGGGAGAGUGAAAUGCUGCUGGACGACUUCCUGUUGACGUACCUGGUGUUCAUGUCCACCAGUGACCUCUGCCAGGCUCUGCUGGGACAUUAUAGCAGUGCUCGCUGCAGGGGCCAGGAGGAGGGCAAAGACGCCCUCUUCAGGAAGCGCAAGGUACUGCAGCUGGUCUCCCACUGGAGUCGACUCUACAAGGACUUCCUCAAGGAAGAAGAGCACGUUCGGAGCUUCAUGAAGACUCUGUACAGGUGUGUUUUAGAAGACCUGUAUGAGUUCCCCACGCUUGAGAAAGACCUGAAGGAAUUCCAGAAACUUCUGCGCCGCAGACACACUGUGGAUGACUGUCCUCCUAACCAAAAGAGUAAGCAAACGCAUCAGCAGCUGAGUCUGAAGGAAAACUGUUUACAAAUCCGAAGCUCACCAACAGAGACAAGAGAGGUUAUUUGUUGCGUGUACGUGAGCGCCGAUUCCUACCUGAGUAUCCACACACACCCCUCACUGGAAGCCCAUGAGAUGCUGAGGAUUGUGGGCCAGAAGAUGGACAGAGCGGAAGAAGACAUGGUGCUUGCUGUGGUGUCGCAAACUGGAGAGCGGCGGGUGUUGCAGCCCAGUGACUGUGUGUAUUCAGAGUCUCUGACUCCACAGGGGAAGCUCAUGGUCUGUCGCAGAGACCUCACUGAGAUAUUGCCUCCGUUAACAGACAGCGCUGAGCUAAGCAAGAGGCCAGUGCGACUCUUAGGUAUAAACACCUGGGAUGUGGCUGCUGCUCUCACACACCUGGACUGGGGCCUCUUCAAAUCCAUCCAUGAGCAGGAGCUGGUGUACUACACCCUCAGCCGUGCUCCUGGCACCGGCCACACGGCAGCACUCUCAGUCCUGCUGCAGCGCUGCAAUGAAGUCCAACAGUGGGUCAUGUCCGAGGUUCUCAUGUGUGUGUCGCUCAACAAGCGAGUGCAGCUGCUUAAGAAGUUCAUCAAGAUCGCUGCUCACUGUAAAGCCCAAAGAAAUCUGAACUCUGCAUUUGCCAUCAUUAUGGGUCUCAACACAGCAGCCGUCAGCCGACUCAACCAAACCUGGGAGAAAUGUCCGGGCAAGUUUAAGAAGCUUUUCUCUGAGCUGGAGCUCAUCACGGAUCCUUCUCUGAACCACAAAGCCUACAGGGAAGCCUUCAAGAGAAUGAAACCUCCUAAGAUCCCUUUCAUGCCUCUUCUUCUGAAAGAUAUCACCUUUAUUCAUGAGGGAAAUAAGACCUUCCAUGAUAACCUUGUCAACUUUGAGAAGCUGCAUAUGAUCGCAGACACAGUGAGAAUGAUUCGCCACUGCCAGAGCGACCAGCCGGGUAACGAGGUAAUCGGGGUUGACAGCGCGGAGGUGAGGGCAAGCGUUCACUACCUGCACAUCAUUGACAAUCAGCAGACGCUAUUCGAGCUGUCUCACAAACUGGAGCCACGCGCUUAACAGCACACACACACACACACACACACACACACACACACACACACACACACACACACACACACCCUGAUAGACACAAAGUCACAGGAGAAGUGUGAGCACCUAGUACAUGUGAUGUGUUGGACGCUUUGUGAAGCAACUUGUAACACACUCACAUAGACAGAGCAACAAAAUCACUCCACCAGCAGUGGUGCCAAAUGGACAAUGAGAAGGUGCCAUUUGUUCAGAAAAAACCCAUGAAGAGACAGAGCUGCCUGAUCUCUGGAUGCUGAAGGACACUGAAUAAGUGAAAACGGAUCUUUAAAGGCCGAACGCGCUGCUUUUGAACCGUCUUCUGGAAGACAUUCUGGUGAUCUGCCAAACUGAGACAAGAAGAAGUUGUAACUAGUUUGUACAGUAUCUAUUGGACUGAAUAUGCCCUUGUUUUGUUCCUGUGAUGAGCUUUUUAUUUAUGAGCCUUUUAAGCAGGUGGAAUGUUCCUUUAUUUCUGUCUCAAACAAGGACUCAACAGCCUCUUCAUCAUUUCAGUCACAAACGGACAGUUUUUUGUCAGAAGAGGAGUUACAACGUGAUGUCCAAAUCCUGCUUGAUCGAUGGUCUCGUAUGAUUUCACGCACAUAUCACAUCCCUGCCUUUUCACGCAUGUACAUCCAGGAUACACACCAGUUAUUUUGGUGUAUGUUGUUGAGCUUGUUUUUUUUUUUUUGGUUCUUGUGUGGUACCGUAUUAUGUAACACAAGCAGCAGCCUGUCCUGAAGUAGUACAAUACUUUAAUAUACCUAUGCUUUUCUUUGCUUUCUUUCUUUGACCUUUUUUUUUUCUUACUGAGCCUCAGUGGGUGACAAAAGGUGUUAACAUCGCAUUGUAUUUAUUGACCGACUGACGUUUUAAACACUCUAGUUUCUCUGAAUGUUCCAGAGCUCAAACACAGUUGAUGAAUAGUGAACAGCUUUGGGUUGUUUUUUGUAUUUCGAAGUCCUGGUUGACUUUUCGCAGAACACUCCAUGCACUCCUCUCUCUGAUGUUUUUGUGUGAAUAGAUGAUGGUAAUUUAACAUUGUAUAUAAUAUGGACCUAUACAUUUUUCAGUGCCAAAUGUCAUACUGUGUCCUGGUUCAUUGUUUGGAAAUCAGUGGGGUUUUUUUUUUACAUCAAGAGAUUCAAAUUUCCUUGAACAAACCCUGGAAAAGUCUGAUUUUCUCCCAAAUUAUAGAGCCAUUUUUCUUUGUUUUUUAUCCUUAAGAUUUAUUACAUGAAGUUAUCAUGAUGUCAAAGCACUGCGACUAUGAACUCUGUGAAGAAAUAGCUUUGUUUGACAUAGAUAUGGACAGAAUUAUGGAAGCACAAGGACACAGACUUCCUCAGUUAAAGUUAACACUGACAGAAUCUUGAGAGCUUUGGUUCAACCAUUAAGAUAAUUUAUUACUCAUAACUACGAUGUCCAGAUCAGCUGUUUUGGCCCCUGAUCCCGAUCCAAUUCUUUUUAAAUCGGAGUAUCCGCAGAUAUAGAGUCCAGAUCUGAUACUGGCCUAGAUGAUAACAGAGUGCACGCCAUUUUUUGUGUGUGUGUGCAAAAAGACUUAAGUAAGCAAAUUGACUAUGUUUUUGAUGGCAUGCAGUACAGCACACUUUAACCCAAGUGGAGGAAUCACUCCAGUGUGCAGUGAGGCACAGCAAUGACAUUGGACAAACGUCAGAGCUCCAAAUGUCUAACAGCAGUCACAUCAUGUUUUGAAUCACCUCAUUGGAUGUCACGAUCUUUGCUGUACAGCCCCGUGUCUGACACGUAACAUCGUGAUAGCAGGACGCACAAUGGAUCUAAAACUCUGCAAGACGACAAGGACCCACAUUCUCUUCCUACCAUCUCUUUCGCCUUUUUGCUCUCUCCAGGAUAUUUAUCCUUCAAACGUCCAGAGUUUAUUGCUUCGACGCAGCAGCCUUGUCCUCUGUUGCUUAGUGAACGCGCUGUAUUCUGCGGCUUGGUUAGUCUUUAGAUGUCGUAUCGUAUUGGUAGUAUUGAACACAGCUGAACUGCUACCGCCUCACAAAAUGAUAAUAUUGCAAGUGGCUGCUUUCUAGUUUGAAAUAUUUCCACACUGCCAACUUUUUAGCCAAGGGGUUGCUAAUGCUAAGUUUCUCAUGCGUUUGCAUUCUGCCAAAAAUUGUGCUCAGUUCAUGACAGCUGACGCAAAUGAUCGGGUUGAGAUGAACAGCUUAAAUUGCUGAUCACUGAUCACUUAAAAAAGGUGCAGAACGACUCUAAUGAACUGGUUGAGAUCAGGAUCAGGACAUCCCUACUCAUAAAAUUUGGGCCCUUCAACCACAUAUUGACAGGAACAUGUAUCCUUUCUGAACCACAUAGAUCCUCAGAUUCUGUUGUUUCCCUGUUGACAUGUAAAAUCAGAUAUUUGUUAUUCAAAUCCCAGCAGGACCAACCUGUCUUGUUUUGACUGAAUCAUGACUUUGGAUCUGUCUGGAGUCAUGCAGAGGUGUUAAAGAGAAUCACACAGGAAAUAUUAAGUAGAAAUAAAAAUGGUUACAAUACAGAGACAAGAACCCUUUCCUACAAAACCGCAAUUAUUUUAAAGAAUCUGACAAACCUUGUUUGUGUUUCUUAUUUUGUGCCUGCCUUGUAUCAGCAGUCCAUUUCUGCUGAGUCCAUCCACAGCUAGGAUUCCUUUAUGUUAUGCUUGCACCGUUGUGGGGUCGUUAUAAAACACGGAGGGUUUAGUGCAAUACUACAGGAAAGCUGUCGCUAGACAUGUUCAUCCUCAUUUCAACUCCGAGCCAAUCAGAGCUGCUAUCUCCUGCACAUUUUAACGAAUCAAACUGACAAGGGAGGACUAAGAUGUCUCAAACAUUUCAGUGCCAAAAGCAUAUUUGGUUGCUGACUAGAAAAUGAUCCAUGAUAAUUCAAAUGUGACUGAAUGACUUGUUAACAUUGUAUGUGUUAUGAGUUGUUAACAGGUUAUCUGUGAAUCAAUAACUCAAAUACGGACUCUUACCUGUUGUUGUCAUUUAGAACCAGUUUUGUGGUUAUAGUUGAAUAAAUUGAAAUACUAUUUGAACCACUUUACUAUUUGAUAUUUCUCUAAUGUAAAGUCUUUAUAUUGUCUUAUUGGGAGUGUUGCUUUAGAUUACACAUGUCAGUCUCAAUCGUUUCUUUCAGGAGUUAUCUUUAUCAAUAAAUACCACAUGACUCGUUCAUGGUUAUAAUGAUAUCAUUCAUGAGGAACCCUUGUUAGUGAUUCUGUGAAUGCAGGAGCUAUGGUUUGUUUAUGAAAAAAGGCCUUUAGUAGUCUUUGCUUACUACUAUCCUGUACAUGAUUCACACAUGCACAAACACAUUGUGUUCAAAGAGCAGAGUAACUGUGCUAUACUAGUUAUUUAUUGUAACAUAUUGUUUAUUUAUAUACUUUUAAGGUGACAAAUCUUCAUGUGCCAUGUUCAGGGGUUCAACAAUGUUGAAGUAGAGCAGAAAAGAUGUUUGUGGUUUAAAGCGAUCACGCUGGAAUGUACCGUAGGACUACUUGUUGUUAUGUUCAGUGGCCACACGGGGGCAGCAGAAGAGAAAGUCCAUGUGACUAUGCUCCCUCUGAAGACACCAGGAAACCAGCAGGAAGGUGUUUUAAGUGUUUUUUCUGCUGUUGUCAUGACUGUGUGAAGUUAGUUUCUUUUGAAUUAAAGCAAUGUUGAAACCUGUUUGCAUGUUAAAAGAAAACACAAUGAGGACACAUUGAAGGCUUUGUACUCUUGUAAUAUUGUUGAUGUGUAAAUAUAUGCCCAUGUUUGGUAUGUUGUUCUUAUUUAUCAGUUGUAAAUUAAGAAAAUAGUCAACCACAAAGCAAUACGUCUCCUCUUGUGUCCCCUUGAACCCUCUGACAGCUGAAGCCACACGUCUUUUCUAAAGCUGCAUUUUACUGUCAAAAUUUGACUGAAAUGAAUAAAAUUAUAGGUUUUAUGUGA